CAUGUGACCAGGCCGUCGCCCGUUCGAAGCAGUGAAAACAGUAGGCAGAGAGGAGUGCUGUAGCAUCAGCUUACACUCAGUGUUUGGGCAUUUCAUAACACACGUAAAUUACUUAUGAGCCUUUAAAUUCUACUGGAAGCGGACCGAAGGCUGUCGGCAGUAGUGCAUUUGUUUGCAUAGCCUACAAUGAAACAAAGCGAUCAGUGUGUCAGCGGGAGCGUUAGAUCCGUACAUAAACAAGGACACUGGAGCGACAAUUAACAAGGAUCGCUUUGCUGCAGUGAAGAAUACAUUAUUUUACUGUGAUGUGCUUCCAUCAAAGACGCAGUGUGAUGUUAAUGAUUCAUAAUGGAACACAGCUAUGUGCAAAAUACCACUUCAACCUGUCCGAUGGUCUUGCCCAGCUGCCCCUGAGCAGAAGAGGCUGCUGUUGUUGCCUUUGGGGCGGGAGAUGUCAAGGCACGGCCACCGCUUUGAACGUGACUUCCGCCCUGCGUGGGAGCGGCGUGAACGCUGUGGCAUGUCCAACGGCUGUGGCUCUGUCUCCACCCCCACUGUCUCUGCCCCCUCGGGCCUUGGCAGCAGCAGUAACAAUCGUCCCGGCCUCCUGCCGCUGCCCAUCAUCCCUUCACUCCUGCCCAUCCCCGUCACCGGGGCGACCACCGCCUGCAGUACAGAGAUGGUCUGCAAGCGCUUAGCCCCCACCUGCACCACUGCCAGCACUAAGGUCUCAGUGCAUACAGGGGGAGAGAACCACACUGCUGGCCCGGUCCUAGCUCCCAGUGUCAGAUGGGGCCAGACACCGAUUAACCAGUCCACCCCCUGGGACACAGAUGAACCCCCUACCAAACAAAUGAGGGAGAAAGAUACUACAGGUCCUCUGUGGCCUCCUGCAGUGGCUUCGGUCAGCCAGGCAAAUGUCCUAGCUCCCACCUACGGCAUGCCCCAGGCCCCGGCCUACAGCCAAGGAGUGACUGUCCAGGCCCCCAUAAUGGGUGUGACACCUACCCUUCAGAACCCCGUGCCCCCUCCUCAUCCACUCCUGCACACACACUACCAGCUCCCACAGCCUCCUGCACAGCCACUGGCUAGCAUGGUCCUUGGCGUGCAGAACCAGCCCCUGGGGGUCAGCAGCUUGCCCCCCAUUGCCAUGUCCCCAAUGCCUGGUGUAUGCCAGGUAACCCACCCCGUCCACACAGUGCUGGGCAAUGGGCACCUGGCCCCCCCUGUGGUGUCCACCACACUGGCCAGCAACUUUCCUCUAACUAAUGGACAAGCAGCCGUCCAGCCACCCACUAGUGCUGCCACUUCGCCCUCAGAGACCAGCAAGGCCAUGCAGAUGCUUAGGACUGUCGGCAUGGGGAAGUAUGAGUUCACAGACCCUGGGCACCCCAAAGAAAUGUUGAAAGAAUUGAACCAGCAACGACGAGCGAAAGAAUUUACAGACCUGAAAAUAAUUGUUGAAGGCAAAGAGUUUGAAGUCCAUCAAAAUGUUCUAGUUUCCUGCAGCUUGUAUUUCAAGGACCUGGUUAAAAGGUCAGCCAGCGAGAGGCGGAAUGGUGAGAAGAUGAAGCUGACAAUGAAGAACAUUGGUGCCGAUGUCCUGGAGCUGCUGCUGGAGUUUGUCUACACAGGCUCACUCAUCAUCGACUCAGCCAAUGCCAAGACCCUGUUGGAGGCCGCCAAUAAGUUCCAGUUCAACACCUUCUGCCGGGUCUGCGUAUCUUUCCUGGAGAAACAGUUGACAGCCAGUAACUGCUUGGGCGUACUGGCGAUGGCAGAGGCCAUGAAAUGCACUGAGCUCCACAGCAUGGCCAAGGCCUUCGCCCUUCAGAACUUCCCCGAGGUGGCCACACAAGAGGAGAUCCUCAACAUCUCCAAAGAGGACUUCAUCAGCUACCUGUCCAAUGACAGCCUAAAUGCAAAAGCUGAGGAACUGGUCUAUGAGAUGGUCAUCAAGUGGAUCAAGAAAAACCCCUGCAGUCGAGUACAGCAUGCAUCAGAGCUGCUGGCUGUGGUGCGUCUACCCUUCAUCCACCCCAGCUAUCUGCUCAACAUAGUGGACAACGAGGAGCUGAUCAAGUCCUCGGAGCCAUGCAGAGACCUGGUUAACGAGGCCAAGCGCUACCACAUGCUACCCCACGCCCGGCAAGAGAUGCAGACACCAAGGACUCGCCCGCGACUCUCUGCAGGGGUUGCUGAGGUGAUAGUGCUGGUUGGGGGGCGACAGGUCAUUGGCAUGAGCCAGCGCUCGCUGACAGCCGUCACUUGCUUCAACCCCCAGAACAACAAGUGGUACCCCCUGGCCAGCUUGCCAUUCUACGACCGCGAGUUCUUCUCAGUCAUUUCAGCAGGGGAUAAUAUCUACCUGUCAGGUGGAAUGGAGUCAGGAGUCAUGCUGUCAGAUGUGUGGUGUUACAUGUCCCUGCUGGAUAAUUGGAACCUGGUGUCUCGAAUGACAGUCCCCCGAUGUCGUCACAACAGCGUGGUUUAUGAUGGCAAGCUGUACACCAUUGGAGGUCUUGGGGUAGCUGGGAACCUGGAUAAUGUAGAAAGGUACGACACCAUCACUAACCAGUGGGAGACGGUGGCACAGCUGCCCCGGCCUGUGCACUCGGCCGCUGCCACUGUGUGCCGGGGGAAGAUCUACGUGUUCGGCGGUGUGAAUGAGGCUGGCCGCUCUGCUGGCGUGCUACAGUCCUAUGUGCCUCAGACCAAUGCCUGGAGCUUCAUCGAGUCGCCCAUGAUAGACAACAAGUACGCUCCUGCUGUAACACUCAAUGGCUUCAUCUUCAUCCUGGGCGGAGCGUAUGCGAGAGCCACUACAAUCUACGACCCAGAAAAGGGCCACAUCAAAGCAGGGCCCAACAUGAACCAGUCUCGGCAGUUCUGCAGCGCCGUGGUACUGGAUGGGAAGAUCUACGCUACAGGAGGCCUUGUGAGCAGUGAGGGGCCUGCUCUGGGGAACAUGGAGGCCUUUGACCCCUGCACCAACACCUGGACGCUGCAACAGAGCAUGCCCUGCCCCCUCUUCCGGCAUGGUUGCGUGGUCAUUAAGAAGUACAUCCAGAGUGUCUGACACCUGGACCCCUCGCGUGCCAAUGUGACGCCAACAUCUCUGCCGCACCAGCGCCCUCGUGUGCAUUCUUGCUCCCCCUCACUGCCCCCAGAUUACCAGGGUGAUACUGACACAGUUUAUGAAGUCUCUCUUCUGUCUGUCUCUCUCUCACACACACACUCUCUCUCCCUCAACUGUCUCUCAUUCUGUUAUUUCAUCACCUCUUUCUCUCCCACUCUCACCCAUAAGGAAUGUAGAAGCUAAUCCUUGCUGUUUGGCACAAACGGGCUCGGUGCCUUAGUGAGGCGCCUUCGGGUAACAUAUCUCACCUCAUGCUGCUGGCACUGGAGGUCUGGAGUGGCACUAGUCUUAAUGCUCCAUUGCCACUUUAAUUCGAGACAACACCUGCUCUCUCUCCCCUCCUCUCUCUCUCUCCCCUCCUCUCUCUCUCUCCAUGCUCUCUUUUUCUAUUUCUGAUCAAAUUUCAGUCAUUUGUGUUGGUUCAUUGUUGACUGACUUCUUUUUUUUUACUGUUCAUAAAUGUUCUUUUAGUAGAAAUGCAGUCACGUUUUAUUCAUUAGUGUCACUGUUUAUUUCUACUUUUCUGUUGUUGGUGCAGAUAAAAUCAGCCCAGCUCCAAGUGGAAUGAUGUGAAUGACAUAUUUUGGUAACAAUGGAGGAAAAGUUUAGUUUAUUUAUUCAGUGCUGAAACUUGGGUUGCAUGAGCAAUCUGAUGUGAUAGCUCUUACUUUUACCAUAGUGACAGUUAGAUAUAUAAAAGGAGUGUGUUCAUGUCCAACGUGAAAAAGCAUUCCUUUUCCAGGACCUCAAUCUGGAACCAUAGUACUGCUGGAGACACCUACUGAUUUGACUGUUUCUGUUCAUCCUAAUGACUUCAGGACAGCCAAAGGCCUCAAUUAUGGACUGCUGGGCUCCAAACGGGAUUGCUCUGGGAUGUGAAGUUUUGUCAUGGACUGCUGCACUUUUGUCUUGCACUCUGCCAAAGCACAAAUGAUCUGGAGCUCGGAGGGAAAAUAGGAUUUUCUUUUGCCUUUGUUCCCUGGGCAUCACUGUUUGCCAACCAAGCCCACUGACUGAGGCCUGCAGGACACUUGGCACACUGUUGGAAUUGAACAGGAUUCUCUGGAAUUUAGAGGGAGAAAAAUUAUAUUGUUUAUUUUAGGAACUUAAAAUGAUUACAAUUGUUUUUAGACAAAUGUAUAGUAUGUUAAUGAAAUAUUAUGUACAAAAAAUGAGCAAUUGAUCAUUGCCAUAUGGCUAUUAUUGUUUAAAUUAAUGAGAAUACCUCAUCAUUAAUUAUAACAAUAAUAAUUAUGGAGAAUACAAUGUUGAUUCAUAACAA